AUGGCAACCACAACCCGCGACCCGAACUUCUGGAAGCGGUUCUCCGUCGCAGCGCACCAGCAAGAAGAUUUCGAAUUGGCAGAGGCCCGCAAGGCCACUUCCAAUCGCUCGCAUCAAGAACCGACUUGGCUUGACCGCGAAAACCACAAGCGCUCUCGCAGAGCUUGCAUCUGCUGGRUCUUUUGGCUGUCCUUCCUGUCCAUUGUGGUGGUGCUCGUGACCAUCAUGUGGCUGAUUCAGAGUGGGAUGCUGGAAUUCGGAAAGGGAGACGUGCAGGUUUCUGAUGGUGGAACGGAUGAGUUUGGACAGGAUUGA